AUUGAACAGCAUGUCCUCCUCAGUGACUGAGAGAAACUCCCACAGAUGCCAUGAGAGGUUGAAGGGGAGAUAAAACAUUUAAUAGAUAAAGGUUUAUGGGACUUCAUUUGGCAAAAAAAGAGGGCUGUUGUAAGGAAGAGGACUCCCCAAAGCAAGUAUCUCCCCACGCCUCCCACACUGCUUCCUCUGUACUGAUUGUCUAGUUUCCACACACACACUCAUCUCUGAUCGUAGCCGACUUCAGUCACUCACAGGACAGCAUGACUAGCGGAUACAAGGACGGGACACCUGAAGAGGAAUACGCUCACUCGCCGUUCAUCAGGAAACAGGGGAACAUUUACAAACCAAAUAAUAAAGAAAUGGAUAACGACAGCAUCAACGAAAAGACACUUCGGGAUGUCCACACCAAGGAGAUUGACCUGGUCAACCGGGACCCAAAACAUUUAAAUGACGACGUGGUGAAGGUGGACUUCGAGGACGUGAUCGCUGAGCCUGCAGGCACCUACAGCUUCGACGGCGUGUGGAAAGCGAGCUUCACCACCUUCACAGUAACAAAGUACUGGUGCUACAGGCUUCUGACGGCCCUGGUGGGCAUCCCGCUCGCCCUGGUGUGGGGCAUCUUCUUCGCCAUCCUCUCCUUCAUCCACAUCUGGGCCGUGGUGCCCUGCGUGAAGAGCUACCUAAUCGAGAUCCACUGCGUCAGUCGAGUCUACUCCAUCUGCGUGCACACCUUCUGCGACCCUCUGUUCGAAGCCAUGGGGAAGUGCUUCAGCAGUGUGCGGGUCACCGCCACCAAGGUCGUGUAGGGACAGGGAGAAGGAAAAGAGCCAGAGGGAACGGGUGGGAUGGGGGAAACCGAUGUCCAAAGCAGGGAGAUAAAUCACAUGAUAAACCUUGAAAUAAACGUGAACAGAGAUGGAGGGUUGCACUGUAUUAGGUAAGACUCUCCUCUCCGUGAGCUUUGUCUCCUUUCAGCUUUGGAUUCCU